CGGAUCCUUCAUUUCGUCCGAGUUCUGAUUCUUGGAAUAAUAUUGAAAACAAAAUAAAUAAUAAAUAAAGAUAAACAAUUCUCCUAAUUCCAUUACCGACGCUAUUAAAGAAGCUCAUAGAAUUAUCUUAAAAAUAUAUUAAAAAAGAAAAGAAAAAUCGCUAUCUCCGAUCUCCAUCGCAAACCCUAGAACUUCAUCAUCUCGUCUUUUCAGGUUUGGGUGGCGGUUUUAUCAUUUUUAAUCAGUGGUGGGCCUGGUGGCGUUGGUGGUUUUUAAGCAUCUGUGUAUUUUUUGUUAUCUUGCAACUCAACUUGAUUAUUUGAGCUAGAAACUUAGUCACUCGGGAAUGGUCGUUGAAACUUGUAAUUGCAUCACGAAGUCUUGAUGCCAAGUGGGAUCUCCGUGAGGGAGGAUGAACAUCGUUAAGGGUGUUGCUGACCUUAUCCGAAGAACUUCGUCAGGCCAAAUUGGUGAACCUUCAGGUUACCAGGCUCAAAAAUUUUCUCCUCCUGGACCAAAGAUUCGCUUCAGUGAUGUUGGUGAUGAGGCAAUUGUAAAUACUCUAUGGGAGCGAUAUGAGAAAGUUGAUGAUAAGGUGGAGAAAAAGAGGUUGCUUCACGUUUUCAUCAAGCAAUUUGUAGUUGCCUACAAGGACUGGCAACCUGUAAAUUCCGGUAUAUUGGUAGAGUCUGCAUCUGUUGAGAACUUACAAUCUGCUGAUGAUGUGGUUGUUGGCUGCUCAGCUGGACAUCCCGUUGAAGUUAUUCGAGUAUUAAUUGAUGAGAUUACUCAGCUAAGCUCAUUGGUCACUGAGUUGAGCACCAGCGUGGUGCAAUCCCCAGAAGAGUUAUCUGGGGCCACUACCAAGUCAUUUAUUACAUCUGAAGGAUAUUUUAUUUUGGAUGCACUAAAAAUUAUAACCCGUUCAUUAUAUAAUUGUCGUGUCUUUGGAUACUAUGGUGGGGUUCAGAAACUUACAGCACUAAUGAAAGGGGCAGUCGUACAACUUAAAACCAUAAGUGGUGCCCUUUCUGCUGAUGAAAGUUUGUCCGUCUUUGUGGCAGAUAAAAUCAAGCUUCUCCAACAAAUUCUGACAUAUGUUGUGUCAAUCAUUUAUAUUUUCAUUGAUUUAGGAUAUAAUAUAGACAAACAAGACGAGUUGUUCUGCCAUCCUGUAGGCAUUACUUUUCAUGCUGAUGCUCCAAUCAGCUCUUCAAACAGUUCAAGGGAUUUAUCUACUGAAGCAAGGCUACAUUGGCGACAGAAAGCAGUUGUUUCUGUGAUGGAGGCUGGUGGUCUAAAUUGGUUAGUAGAGCUAUUACGUGUCAUCAGAAGAUUCAGCUUGAAAGAGCUGUGGAUGGAUGAUUCACUUCAGUACUUGAGCUUGAAAAUCCUUUCCUUGGCCUUGGCUUUAAAUCCCCGGGGUCAAAAUCAUUUUAAAAGUAUUGGAGGGCUGGAAGUGCUUUUUGAUGGUCUUGGAUUUCCAUCGAAUUAUGCUAGAGUUUACAGUAAAUUUGUUUUGGCUGACGGAUUGAGGGAUGAUAAACCACUGCAGAGAACUUUCCAGCUUCAUAUUCUUGCUCUGGAAGUUUUGAGGGAAGCUGUCUAUGGAAAUACAAACAACUUGCAAUUUCUUUGUGAAAUUGGUAGGGUGCAUAAAUUUGCAAAUAGCUUUUGUUCACCAGCUUUUGUGCUUCAAGAUUUGGGGCAAGAGAAGGGUCAUCCUCUGCAUCAGGCUGUUGGUUUGCUUGAUCUUGACACUAAAAAGGAAGAGAAUGGUGUUAAACCCAAUCCAGCUGCGUCAUCAGCUAGCCAUCCAACCCAUGUUUCCUUUUUUGAGUUUUGGAAUGAUUAUGUUAUUAGGUUGAGCAGGGGUCUUUGUUCAUUUCUUCUAGUACCUGAAGGCUCAAAAUCUCUUACAGUCCAAGUAUGUUCUAGUCGGUUGUCAUUGCCUAUUUCUUCAGCCUAUUGUGAACUGUCAAUCAAAUGGGUCAUAAGAGUUCUAUUUGCAAUAUUUCCUUGCAUCAAAGCUUGCUUAAGUCAGAAUGGGUCGCCAAGUUAUUCAAGGGUUUUUGUCACUAUUCUACAGAACACAGUUCUUAAUGCAUUCAGAGACAUUCUCUCUUCUUCUCCUCUCUUACUUGAAAUUUUCCGUGAAGAGGGAAUAUGGAAUCUUGUCUUUUCAGAAAAUUUCUUUUACUUCGAAUCAGUUUCUGAUGAAUCUGCUAGACAGAUACUUGAUAACGAUGAGGAUUCUGAAAUACUGUCUGCUCCAAGUAGUGUAAGCAACAUGGCAGAAGUUAGUGGUGUCAAUAAUCUACAGUUAGAAAUAAUUUCAUUUGUGGAGUUUGCUGCCACUUCAAGUGGAAAUGCACACAACAUGGCUGAAAUGUCUGCUAUGCUGGAUGCACUUGAACAUUCUGCUUAUAAUCCUGAAAUUGCUAGUGUUCUUUUGAGGAGUUUGGUUCGCAUUUUGCAGCUCUCUCCAGAAAAAACAAUUGCUUCCUUUAAUACAUUGAAUGCAAUUUCCCGGGUUCUAAAGGUUGCUUGUGUUCAAGGACAAGAGUCUAGAAGAUCUGGUAUCAUGAACCCCUCCAAUGAGAAUAGUAGCAUGGAAUUAUUAUCACUGGUGCAUGACCAAUACAAAUCCAAUUUGUCUGAGAGUGUAAAAAGUUGGUUUAAUUGUAUGAAAUUAUGCCUGGAGUUCUUUUCCAAGUUCUCAGAAGCUGUUGAAGACACUAGGAGUUUGAUCUUGCAUAAUUUUUCAUGCGUUGAUUGCUUGUUUGAUUUGUUUUGGGUAGAAGGUUUGAGACAGGAUGUGCUUAGACACAUACUUGAUCUAAUGAAGAUUGUACCACACUCUGAGGAAGAUAAAAAAGCAAUGUUACAGUUAUGCUCUAAGUAUUUAGAAGUGUUCACUCAAAUAAAAGAACGAGAAAAAAGUUUUGUUGAUCUGUCUAUUGAUUUGUUGGGUGGGAUGAGAGAUUUGCUACAGGCUAACCAAGCAUACUAUCAAGCUCUAUUUCGUGACGGGGAAUGCUUCUUGCAUGUUGUAUCGCUGCUUAACAGCAACCUUGAUGAGCCAAAUAGGGAGAAAUUAGUUUUGAAUGUCCUCCAAACACUCACUUGUCUGCUUGCAAGUAAUGAUGCUUCAAAGGCUGCAUUUAGAGCACUUGCCGGAAAGGGUUACCAGACAAUGCAGAGUCUUCUGUUAGAUUUUUGCCAUUGGCAUUCAAGUGAAAGCUUUCUAGAUGAAUUGCUUGAUAUGCUUUUUGACGGAAAAUUUGACAUCAAUACUAGUCCAAAGAUUAAGAAUGAAGAUGUAAUAAUAUUAUAUCUAUCUGUACUGCAAAAGAGCAGUGAGUCUUUGCAGCAUUACGGACUAGACAUUCUUCUUAAUUGGUUUUCUCAAGAGGAUAAUGAUAGUGUAAUCUUUAAGAUUUCUCAUUUAAUUGAAGCCAUUGGUGGGCAUAGCAUAUCCGGCAAGGACAUCCGCAAAAUCUUUGCUCUACUGCGAAGUGAGAAAGUUGGGAAGAGGAGACAAUACUGCUCUGUUUUGUUGACAAGUCUCUUGUCAAUGCUACAUGAGAAGGGGCCAACUGCAUUCUUUGAUCUUGAUGGAAGUGAUUCCGGUAUCAUUCUUAAAACACCUCUGCAGUGGCCUAUGUAUAAGGGUUUUUCUUUUUCCUGCUGGCUCAGGAUUGAGAACUUCCCUAAAAAUGGAACAAUGGGUCUUUUCAGUUUUCUUACAGAAAGUGGAAAAGGAACCUUGGCUGUGCUUGCAAGGGAGAAGCUAACUUAUGAGUCAAUUAACCUAAAGAAACAGCGUGUGGACCUGAAUGUUAAUCUAGUUAGGAGUAGAUUGAGAUGUUAUAUCGAUGGUGAUCUUGUCUCAUCUGAAAGAUGCAGGUAUGCUAAAGUGAGUGAAUCAUUAACAAGUUGUACGGUUGGUUCAAAAAUUAAGAUGCCUCACUAUGAAGACAAUGCACUCAUCUUUGAAUCAAUCCGAGAUUCGGGCCCUUUUUUUGGCCAAAUUGGCCCCGUUUAUUUGUUUAAUGACGCCCUUUCUGCUGAACAAGUUCAGAGUAUCUACUCUCUGGGACCCAGUUAUAUGUAUUCAUUCCUUGAUAAUGAAGCUUUACCACUUUGUGGUGAUAAGUUACCCAGUGGGAUUCUUGAUGUAAAAGAUGGUCUUGCAUCAAAAAUCAUCUUUGGACUCAAUGCUCAGGCAAGUGUUGGCAAAAUGCUGUUUAAUGUUUCACCAAUAAUGAGUCAGGCAUUGGAGAAGAAUUCCUUUGAGGCGGCUGUAAUUGGUGGAACUCAGUUAUGUUCACGACGCUUGCUGCAGCAAAUAAUAUAUUGUGUCGGUGGCGUAUCUGUGCUUUUCCCGCUUAUCGCCCAGACACAGUGUAGUAAAUUUGAAAUUGAAAAGGUGGGAGAAUAUGAAAAGACAUUAGUAGCACAGACAAUGAGGGAGUAUAUGAUGACUGAGGUUAUUGAGCUGAUUGCUUCUCUUAUAGAUGAGAACUUAGCAAAUCAACAACAGAUGUAUCUUGUGUCUGGAUUUUCUGUCCUGGGAUUCUUGUUACAAUCAGUUCCUCCACGAGAACUUAAUAUGGAGACUCUUUCUGCAUUGAAGCAUCUUUUUAAUGUUGUUUCUAACUCUGCAGGGUUGCUUGUGAAGGAGGCUAUUUCUAGCAUAUUUCUUAAUCCUCUUAUCUGGGUCUACGCAAUUUACAAGGUGCAACGAGAACUAUACAUGUUUCUGAUUCAACAAUUUGAUAGCGAUCCUCGAUUACUGAGGAGUUUGUGCCGGCUUCCACGUGUUCUCGACAUAAUUCACCAAUUCUAUUGUGAUAAUGUCAAGCCUCGAUUCCUUCCUGGAAGUAACCCUGAUCAACAUCCUGUUAGCAAAGGAAAUACUGAGCAGAGACCUGGUGUAGAAGAAAUACAUAAGAUCCGUCUUCUUUUGUUAAGUCUUGGUGAAAUGAGUCUCAGGCAGAACAUUACUGCAGGCGACAUAAAAGCUCUUAUAGCUUUUUUUGAGACAAGUCAAGAUAUGACUUGUAUUGAAGAUGUCUUGCACAUGGUUAUUCGUGCUGUUUCCCAGAAACCAUUGCUUGCUUCUUUUCUCGAGCAGGUUAAUAUCAUUGGUGGUAGUCAGGUUUUUGUCAAUCUUCUCCAGCGAGAAUCUGAAUCCAUCAGGUUACUGAGCUUACAGUUCAUAGGAAGGCUUUUAGUUGGCCUACCAUCUGAGAAGAAGGGAACAAGAUUUUUCAACCUCCCAAUGGGAAGACCUAGAUCUCUUUCUGAAGGCCAAAGGAAAAACAGAAUGCAACCAAUUUUCCUAGCUAUAUCUGAUAGACUGUUCUACUUUCCACAGACUGAUAAUCUCUGUGCCACGUUAUUUGAUGUUCUUCUUGGUGGUGCUAGCCCCAAGCAGGUUUUACAAAGGAACAACCAAUUUGAGAGGGUCAGAAGCAAGGGCAUUACUACCCAUUUUUUACUUCCUCAAAUGUUGCCACUGAUUUUCAGAUAUCUGUCUGGCUGCGAAGAUGGACUUGCAAAAAUUAAAAUUAUCAGAGAUCUACUUGAUCUUCUUGAUUCAAAUCCUUCCAAUAUUGAAGCUUUUAUGGAAUAUGGGUGGAAUGCAUGGCUUUCAUGUUCUCUAAAGCUUGAUAUUUUAAAAGACCACAAUGUCCAGUCACUUGAUCAAAGUGAAAAUAGCAUGGAUCAGCUGCUAUUGGUGAGGAACUUGUUUUCUCUAGUUCUCUGUCACUAUUUGCAUUCUGUAAAAGGUGGUUGGCAACAAUUGGAAGAGACAGUCAAUUUCCUUAUCAUGCACUCUGAAGAUGGCAAUUCUUGUCCAAAUUUUCUUCGUGAUAUGUAUGAUGAUAUUAUUCAGAAUAUGGUGGAGCUUUCAGCUGUGGAUAAUAUUUUCAUUUCACAACCCUGUCGAGAUAAUACGUUGUAUUUGCUGAGACUAAUUGAUGACAUGCUGAUAUCUGAGAUUGACAAAGAACUCCCGUUCUUUGGAAGUGACUCUGAAUUUCACCUUAACUUGGAAAUGGAAUCUCACAAAGAGUACAACUCCGCUUUAAAAGAAGUGCUAAUAGGAGAGGCUGACGAACAAACAUCAAGAAAAUCAAAGAAUUUCAAGCCGCCAAUGACAAAUGAUGAUUCGAUUGCAGAGAAAUGGUGGAAUCUAUAUGACAAAUUGUGGGUUGUUAUUAGCAAGAUGAAUAAUAAAGGACCUAGCAACAUGUUACCCAAAGCUUCAUCGUUUGCAGGACCAUCCCUUAGUCAAAGGGCACGUGGAUUAGUUGAGUCAUUAAACAUUCCGGCUGCUGAAGUGGCUGCUGUUGUUGUAUCAGGAGGAAUUGGCAGUGCUUUGAGUGUAAAACCUAACAAAAAUGUUGAUAAAGCUAUGGUUUUACGGGCAGAAAGGUGCCCUAGAAUUAUUUAUCGCCUUGUUAUCCUGUACCUUUGUAGAGCUUCCCUAGAAAGGGCAUCCCGGUGUGUCCAACAGUUCACCUCACUUUUACCUUCCCUUUUAACUGCUGAUGAUGAACAAAGCAAGAGUAGGCUUCAACUUGUUAUUUGGUCACUGCUUGCAGUUAGGGCACAGUAUGGAAUGUUGGAUGAUGGUGCUCGUAUUCAUCUCCUAUCUCAUCUGAUACGAGAGACUGUCAAUAUUGGAAAAUCGAUGCUUGCUACUAGCAUUGUGAGCAGGGAUGACACCAUGGAUUCAAGCCAUAACUCAAAAGAUGCAGGAUCCAUACAAAAUUUGAUUCAAAAGGAUCGUGUUCUUGCAGCAGUCAGUGAUGAAGCUAAAUACAUGAAGACAUCAAAGACUGACCGCGACCAGCAGAUACAGGAACUCCAUUCUAGACUAGAUGAAAACUCAUUGGCUGAAUCUAGUAACAAGAAAGUUAUUGAAGAUGAGAUACAAAAUAGCUUGAACACUGUUCUAGCUUCGGAUGAAAGCAGAAGAACGGAAUUCCAGCUUACUUAUGAGGAGGAGCAGCAGAAUGUAGCUGAAAAAUGGAUACACAUGUUUCGUUCAUUGAUUGAUGAGAGAGGCCCUUGGUCUACCAACCCCUUUCCAAACCAUGCUGUCAAACGCUGGAAACUGGACAAGACGGAAGAUACAUGGCGUCGUAGGCCCAAACUUCGACAAAAUUACCAUUUUGAUGAAAAUCUGUGUAAUCCUCUUUCAAUCACUUCUGCCGAGGUUGCUACUCCAGUCAAUGAUAGUAAUCCUGGUGUUAUGGCAAACAUAUCGGAGCAAAUGAAGGAACUAUUGCUGAAAGGGAUAAGGAAAAUAACUGAUGAGGGGUCCUUGGAUGGUAAUGAAACCAAUACUGAAAUAGGUGGACAGAAGACACUGAUUCUCUCUGAUAAUCCAGAUUGUCAACAAUCCUCCGACAUACUUAAGGAGAGCAGUGACAGAAAGGAUACUGGCCAAGAUCGUAAAGACAUUUCCUCUUCGUCUGAUACAGAAGCUAGUGAGGUGCUGGUGUCAGUUCCAUGUGUUCUUGUGACCCCAAAGAGGAAAUUAGCUGGUCAUUUGGCUAUCAUGAAAAAUGUUUUGCAUUUUUCUUCUCAGUUCUUGGUUGAAGGUACCGGUGGGUCAUCUGUUUUCAGAAACUUUGAUGCAUCAACUAGUUCUGAUGGGACCAAGUCUGAUCAAAAGAAGUGGCCUGCUUCUGAUAUGGAACUCCAGAAGGGAAUUACAGUUGGCAAUGUAGAGGUUAUAAAUGGGAAUGGUUCUUCUAAACUUAUGAGAUGUGUUAAACGCCAUCGAAGAUGGAGCAUGGCCAAGAUAAAAGCUGUUCAUUGGACUCGGUAUUUGCUAAGAUAUACUGCCAUAGAGAUCUUCUUCAGCAAUUCAGCUGCCCCAGUUUUUCUAAAUUUUGCAUCUUUGAAGGACGCAAAAGAUAUUGGGAACUUGAUUGUUAAUUCAAGAAAUGACUAUUUAUUUCCCAAAGGAAAUGGAAAGUUUGUUGAUCGCCGAAUGGCACAGGAGAUGGCAGAAACUGCCAGAGAGAGCUGGAGGAGAAGGGAAAUAACAAACUUUGAAUAUUUAAUGAUUCUCAACACACUAGCUGGAAGAUCUUAUAAUGAUUUAACCCAGUAUCCUGUUUUCCCUUGGGUCUUGGCUGAUUACUCGUCUGAGCUUCUUGAUUAUAACAAGUCAUCUACAUUUCGGGAUCUCUCAAAGCCUGUUGGAGCACUCGAUAAUAAACGAUUUGAGGUGUUUGAAGACAGAUACCGUAACUUCUGUGAUCCUGAUAUACCCAGUUUCUACUAUGGAUCUCAUUACUCAAGUAUGGGCAUAGUGCUUUAUUACCUUCUUAGAUUAGAACCCUUCACAUCUCUUCACCGUAAUCUACAGGGUGGUAAAUUUGAUCAUGCUGACCGUCUUUUUCAAAGCAUUGAGGGCACAUACAGAAAUUGCCUUACAAAUACUAGUGACGUGAAGGAGUUAAUACCUGAGUUCUUCUACAUGCCUGAGUUUCUUGUCAAUUCAAACUCGUAUCAUCUAGGAGUUAAACAGGAUGGUGAACCCAUAGGGGAUAUUUGCCUCCCUCCCUGGGCAAAGGGUUCACCUGAAGAAUUCAUUAGGAGAAACCGGGAGGCACUUGAAAGUGAAUAUGUUAGUUCAAAUCUCCAUCAAUGGAUAGAUUUAGUAUUUGGUUACAAGCAACGAGGAAAACCUGCUGUGGAGGCAGCAAACAUCUUCUACUACUUAACUUAUGAAGGUGCUGUUGAUUUGGAAACAAUGGAAGAUGAUCUGCAAAGAGCAGCCAUAGAAGACCAGAUAGCCAACUUUGGUCAGACUCCCAUCCAGAUAUUUCGGAAGAAACACCCAAGAAGAGGGCCACCUAUUCCGAUUGCACACCCUUUACGAUUUGCACCUGAUUCUAUCAGUUUGACUUCCAUCGUUUCUAAUACUAGUCACCCGGCAUCUGCUGUAUUGUAUGUUGGUCUUAUGGAAUCCAAUAUCGUUCUUGUAAAUGACGGCCUCAUCUUGUCUGUUAAGAUGUGGUUGACAACACAGCUGCAAUCUGGUGGAAAUUUUACAUUCUCUGGUUCCCAGGAUCCAUUCUUUGGAGUUGGAUACGACAUACUUUCUCCACGAAAAAUCGGGAUUCCCGUGCCUGAAAAUGUUGAACUUGGAGCACAAUGCUUUGUGACAAUGCAGACAUCCUCCGAGAACUUUUUAGUAUCAUGUGGCAAUUGGGAAAAUAGUUUUCAGGUCAUAUCAUUAAGUGAUGGCAGAAUGGUACAGAGCAUUCGACAGCAUAAAGAUGUGGUGAGCUGUGUUGCAGUGACAUCUGAUGGAAGUAUCCUUGCAACUGGAAGCUAUGAUACAACAGUGAUGGUUUGGGAAGUUUUUCGUGGUAAAGCCACAGAAAAGAGGAUUCGUAACAAUCAGCCUGAAUUGCCUCGUAAAAACUAUGUAAUAGUUGAAACUCCAUGUCAUAUUCUUUGUGGACAUGAUGAUAUUAUAACUUGCUUACAUGUUAGUCAUGAGCUUGAUAUUGUAAUUAGUGGGUCAAAAGAUGGAACUUGCAUAUUCCAUACUCUGCGAGAAGGUAGAUAUAUAAGAUCCUUACGGCAUCCAUCGGGCAGUCCAAUAUCAAAGCUAGUUGUUUCUCAGCGCGGUCAUAUUGUGAUUUAUGCUGAUGAUGAUCUUAGUCUGCAUCUGUAUUCAAUUAAUGGGAAACAUCUUGCUGCCACGGAAUCUAAUGGACGCCUGAAUGCUAUUCAAUUGAGCAGAUGUGGUGAGUUUUUGGUAGGUGCAGGUGAUCAAGGACAGAUUGUUGUUCGCUCUAUGGACACCCUUGAAAUUGUGAAGAAAUAUCAGGGAAUUGGAAGGGUCAUAACAUCUCUAGCAGUAACGCCAGAAGAAUGCUUCUUGGCUGGCACAAAAGAUGGAAGCCUCCUUGUGUAUUCAAUAGAAAAUCCUCAACUUCGGAAAACUAACCAAAACAGAAAUGUGAGAUCAAAGCUUACUUAACAGGAAGGAUAACUACAGCAUGCAGAUGAUGCAUGGAAUUUUAACAGUCAGAGCUGACCUGUGAUGACUGUUCCAGGUGCACCCACUGGCCAGUGAUCGCAAGUUUGAGGUUAUGCCAUGUUGCUUCCUUGCUGACCUUGUCAUUUUCUUCCCUUCGGGGUUUUUGAUCUCAUCCCCUUCAAGUACUUAGCCUCUGUAUAAUGUGAGAUAAAAGUGAGACCGCAUGGUGGAAUAUAGCUAAAGCAUAUUUUGAAUUCUUGCAUGGAGUUGAAGAACUGAGUUGAUUAUCUACUCUCAGAAACACCAUGAUGGGACAGUAAUUAGAUUCCCUGAAUCAGUUUUCUCGUGCCUGGAGUUGUUGAGAGGUGAAGACAUGAGGUUUUGUUCAUAAAUGUACAUUAUAUAUAUAUUCGUCAAUUCUGAAAUAGGAUUACUAGGUCUCUUGUGCGCUAAAAUUGUAGCUAUGAGCAAUUAUUUUAGUGUUUAUCAUCUGUUUACAUAACACAUAAUAUUGUACAGACAGGCUUGAAUGCCAUAUCUUACAGCUGAAUGCAAAAGGAGGACUGUUCGGCAAUGUGUCA